CGGAGUGGCAUGUUGUGUUGUUUACUUCGCGCUGUGCAGUUCCGCGCCGCCGUUCAACGCGCUUUGUUUCCACUGUUUUCAUCAUGUGUGUGUGUGCGGUUUAAUUAAUUGAUCGCGCACUUUUGGCCCAGUGUAUGUGUCGAUAAAACAAAUUUUUAAGAAAGAAGAAAACAAUUUGUGGAUUAAACGUCAGAGGAAUUUGACAGGCUGACAGCUGUCAGCGAGCGGAGCAUUAUCGGACAUCUACAGACAACGGACACCACGGCUGCGAAAAUGGGCUGGGGAACUGAAUUAUGGGAUCAGUACGAGAACCUGGCGACACACACACAGAAGGGGAUCGAUUUUUUAGACAAAUACGGAAACUUUAUCCGUGAUCGCAGUGCCAUCGAAGUCGAGUAUGCCGCGAGGCUGAGGCGGCUCGUCAAAAACUAUCAACCAAAAAAGAGCAAAGAAGACGAAGAAAAUGAAUUCUCCUCCUUCCAAGCGUUCAAGUGCAUCCUCAAGGAGGUCGCCGACCUGGCCGGCCAGCGCGAGGUCGUCGCCGAGAACCUGCAGCUGCAGGUGCUGCAGGGCAUCACGCUGCUCGCGAAGAACCUGCGGGACGAGCGCAAAAAGUCCCUCAACGAGGGCAUGAACCUCACCCAGAACCUGAGCGGCCAGAUCGCGUCCCUGGACCGGGCGAAGCGCAACUACGAGAAGGCGUUCCGCGAGGCCGAAAAAUCCAUUGACGCGUACCAGAAAGCGGACGCGGACUUUAACCUGAGCCGGGCGGAGGUCGAGAAGCAGCGCAACAACAUGAACAUCCGGUGCGGCCAGUCGGAGGACGCCAAGAACGAGUACGCGAACCAGCUCCAGAAGACGAACAAGCUGCAGCAGACGCACUACGAGACGUCGCUGCCGGAGGUCUUCAACCGACUGCAGGAGCUCGACGAGAAGCGAACGCGAGGGCUGAAGGAGUUCAUCAAGGGUGCGGCGGACGUGGAAUCGGCGGUCGCACCCAUCAUCGCGCGGUGUCUCGAGGGCAUGGUCAAGGCAGCGGACUCCAUCAACGAGAAGGAAGAUUCGCUCAAAGUCAUAGAAAAGUACCAGUCCGGCUUUCAGCCGCCCGGAGACCUUCCCUUCGAGGACCUCUCGAAAGCCGACUCCGACACCUCCAACAACUCCCAGACGUACAGCACCUCGACGGGCGCCGGCUUAAACCACCUGACGGCGAAGGGCACCACCAAGGACAAGCUGAAAAAGCGCGUCGGACUGUUUGGGAUCUUUACCAGCAAUAAGAAGAUUGUUGAAGCCUGCAUUCAAGUGAAGAACAACCUCUCGACGGACGGUAUGAAGGAAGAUUUCAGCGACCUGCCGCCGACGCAGCGGCGGAAAAAGCUCAUGGGCAAGGUCCAGGAGCUGCAGCAGAAGGUCGCCCAGGAGCAAGCCGCCAGCGAAGGCCUCAUGAAGAUGAAGGGCGUGUACGAGGCCAACUCGCUGCUCGGCGACCCGCGCUCCGUCGAGGAACAGCUCAACGAGUCCGUCAACAAGCUGGACAAGCUGCGGCUCGAGCUCCAGCGGUACCAGAAGCUGCUCGAUCAGGCCAACAGUCAAACCAUCGCCCAGCACAGCCCGCAGGCGAACCGAACCGUGAACGGCGUCAACGGGGGCAGUGCCCAGCGGUCCUCCAGUCUCUCGAAUUACAGACAUUCCAACGGCAGCAGCAAUCACGACAACCACGACCAUGACCACGGCGAGGACCAUCCGGACCACGACGCCGGUAGCUUAAGCAGGUCAGCAUCAGAGAGUAGUGUACAGCAACCGCAAAGUGGGCUUAAUAUUAACAAUAACGGCAGUUCCGCUAGUCCCGAGAGUGGCCUCGGCACGUCGCACACAUCGCUGCCCGGUUCCGGCCAGGGCAGCACCAACGACCAGCCCAUCAACGACGAGAUGUACUACGAGGCGGACGCGCUGCAACCGCUCGGAACGUGCAAGGCGCUGUACCCGUUCGAUGCCACGAGUGAGGGAAGCAUUCCGAUGUCCGAGGGUGAGGAGCUGCUCGUGAUAGAGCUGGACCAGGGCGAUGGCUGGACGCGCGUCCGGAGGUUAUGCGGUCCCACCGGCUGGGAGGAGGGAUUCGUGCCGACGAGCUACAUCGAGAGUACGUUGUAUGCGUAGUGUUGAUCGCAACGCAUCCUCCCGGAGAGGGAGACCUUGAUCUAACGCUGUGUUUGAGAGGAUUGCGGAAAACAGCGACAGAUUCUUGUACAUAGCUAAGGUAGUAUGAUGGUUAGGCACGGAACGAACGAAAAAAUAACACGAGCAAUGCAACAAUGCCUGUCCGCGCGCGGAAUAGUCAGAACGCCACGCUACUUUCGGUAAAUUAUUACUGCUGUCCACAACUUUCCAGUUUCGUUGCUUCCGUUGGAGGAAUUUCCGCGUUCUGAAGUUUCAUGAAAAAGUCGUCCUCACCCUAACUUUAUAUAGUAUACUUUGUAAACGCGUAGAUCAAUUUAAUUUAGUCACGUGACCCCGUCUGUUUUUAUUUAGCCGUAUGCAAAGAAUAAGUAAAUUGAGCGUGAGAGAACUCAGAAUGAGUGCGACGAAGAAUGAACGCGAACCAAUGCUCAAAAGGUAUAUACAAGAAUAUUUUUUAUUUGUAAAAAUUAACCUUUACAAAACUUAUACAGAGAGAAAAAGAGAAAGAAAGUAAAAAGUACGGAAUUGCUAGGCGAAAAGCAUCGUCGUCGGAAACAUUGCCAUUAAAUCGAGAAAGGACUCACGCGAGCGCGCGAUGCGAAACAAUUAUGUACACUAAACUCAUAUACAAAAAAAAACACAUUUGAUUAGAAUCAUUUCAUUUUCUCUUAGGAAGAAAACAAAAAACAAACCUUGCAUAUUCACAUCGCUUCAUAUCUUUGCCGCAAGUAAACGGAAUCAAUUUGAAAAAAAAUGGAUAGGAUCGAGAAACAAAGAAAAAACCGAAAGAAUGUAACUAAACUAAACAUUUACUGUUACUAUUUAAAUAUCUCCUACUCAUUGUCCGUAAGUGAACAAUCUUCCCUUGGGGAAGAUGCAGCAAAACGACCCUAAAAUCUUAGAUCUUUCAAGUUAAAGCAAGAAACCCUUCUCAUAUAAUCGACAGCCAAUACAAAUCUGAAUGAAUAAUCAAUAUUGAACUGUGCGGUAGAAACGUAGUUUCUACGGAAAUGCAAACUCAAUAAUCUGGACUGCAAAAAUAGUCAACGACAGCGCCUAUAUAUUUCUAUAAACACUCGUAGAAUGCGGUUCCCAAUUUGGAGUGGUAAUUUGAUCAAAUUUUGCCACCAUAGCGUACUUUUGGAGGUAGAUUUUGGUUGUCAGGAUCUGAACGGGGGUUACAUGUCAAAUUUGCCCGGAAUUCGCCACACGCACAUAACUGUCACCGCUACGCUGACCUGUCAUUUUUCUCCAAGAUGAUACACAAAAAGUGCUCUUUUCUACGGCGUUUCGAGUUUGUUUAACGCAUUCUUUUGUUGUUUUUGAAUUCAAUAACAAAAGAAAAGUCAAAACAAACUCGAAAAGCUGUGAAAACGAAUCAUGUUCGAUUUGAUUCGGUUAAAUUUUUCUUCAAAACUAGAUCGAAUUAGACUGAAAACUGAGCACGCGGUAUUUCCGACUUUGACAGCUGAGCCAAGCGCGUCGACUAUGUCGACUUUGGUAGCCAAUGCGUUACGGAAGCUCACUUUCCAAAAAGGCCUAUGACGGCAAAGUUUGAUCAAAUAACUUCCUCGACCAAAUGUGAACCGCACCAAAUCUUAAACUGUUGAACGAAACACAAGCAGAAACAAUAGAAACACAGAAAUUGAAAGUUCUUGUUAAAUAUGCUGCACCUCCAUCGAUCACCCGUUCCCUCCCUCCCCACAUCGCAGUUCUUAACAUUGUAAAGCAUGAGAAAGAAAUCAAAUAAAACAAAAAUGAUAAUCACAAACUGAACUUUGAACCCGACUCGAACCAUUUCGUAUGAUUUCGCAGUGCAAAUUAGAAAUGUGUUUAUUUCAUUUUAUUUUUCGCAUCCGUUUUUUGGGCGAGCCUCUUCUUAAAUGUAUUAUUUUCUAUAGCUUUCGCGAAUCAAAUAACGAUGACGACUUUAGGUUUAUUUCGCGCUACCUUUUUUUUUCUUUUGUAAAUAAUCUAGACGCUCUACGCAAGAAAUUAAUUAGUUAGGUACUCCGAACAUUAGAUAGAUCGCAUAAACGACGCCUAUCAUGAUGUUCCAAUUUUAAUCAAAGUGCGCCGCCGGCGCAAGCAAUAGAAGUUCAGUAAUUUACCUUUUCUUUUUUCCCAGCGCAGUGAAUAUUUUUUAGCGGAAAAUAUAAUUCUAGAACGAGCUUUUUGUAAUACCGAGUCCAAAUUCAGCAAUACGUUUAUUGUAGAAUUAUAAUUUACAAAAUAUGA